GGCCGCUAGAGCGCAUUCACGCUCACGUCAAAUUCUCGAUUUCUCAAACAUGGCGCCGCGAUCAAUGAAGUUGUAAUGUGUAGUGAAGUCUAGUGUAAAAAAUUGAAAUGAUUUCACCUUGUGUUGUUUUUGUGUGUGAUAUUAACCAUUAAUGGGCCAUGGGGAGGGGCCAGGAGUUGCUAGAUGCAGCCCGCAAUGGCGAGAGGCGAACUGUCGAAAAAAUACUGGGACAAAUAACGAAAAGGAGUGGUCCUUUUACAAGUCUGAGAAGAGGCGCUGGCGUCAAUGUACAAGACGACAAUGGGUACACACCACUCCAUCAUGCAUGUCUAAAUGGUCACAAGGAAAUAGUCCGCAUGCUGCUAUCAGUUGACGCGUCCCCAUGCAUAGCGGACAAGAGGGGGGCGACGCCGCUUCACUUAGCGGCGUGGAAGGGGGAGUCCAACAUCGUCGCCAUGCUUCUCGCCCAUAAGAACCCGCCGGUCAAUGUGGACCAGCUGACCCAAGACCACGAGACGGCGCUUCUGUCAGCGGCCCACUUCGGCUACACAGAUGUAGUGGCCCAGCUGAUAGCGAAGGGCGCUGACGUCACCAUCAGGAACAUCAGGGACGAAAGCGCUUUGGACCUCGCAGCGCAGUAUGGGAGGUUGGAGACAGUCCAGCACCUACUCCGCGUGAUGCCUCAACUGGUGGACCCAUACAAGCCUCCAAAGUGUCGCACGAAGCUGUUUUCCUCCACCCCCCUCCAUCGAGCCAGCAAGAACGGUCGCAAGGAGGUGGUCCAAGCACUCCUCGCGGCCGGUAUAGACCCAAACAUUCGCACGCACAACGGGACCCCGCUCCAUGAGGCUGCAUGCUUCCGUAAGGCCUCAGUGGUCCGCAUCCUCUUGGCCAAUGGGGCUGACCUGAACGCUACAGACAGAAGAGGGAUGACCGUGCACGACCUCCUCGCUGAUUAUUCCGAAGAGGCCACGAGGAAGGUCAGAAGGGUCAUAAGAGGUGAGUGCACCUGCUCCUUACUAUUCCCUAAGCUUCCCCAGGCAUAUGUGCUUCCGCAUAUGUGCUGCCGUAAGGGCUCAGUGGUCCGCAUCCUCUUGGCCAACGGUGCUGACCUGAACGCCACAGACAGAAGAGGAAUGACUGUGCAGGACCUCCUCGCUGAUUACUCCGAAGAGGCCACGAGGAAGGUCAGAAGGGUCAUAAGAGGUGAGUGCAUCUGCUCCUUACUAUUUCCCAAGCUUUCCCUGGUCUAUGUGCUUCCAAAAGGCGUCAAUGGUCCGCAUCCUCUUGGCCAAUGGGGCUGA